UUGCUCAGUUCGCGUGUACGCUGCAGCAUAAAUAAGCGUUUCGGUCUCCGCUGCAAUGAUGCGAUUGUUUACUUGAUGUGUCUUAUCAGCGUGCGGGGUUUUGAGGCUUUUGCAUAUUAUUUGCAGAAGUCCAGAGAUCAGUUCAACAUGUAGACCGCGCGAGAUCUGCACUAGUAUAAUUCGCAACAACCGCACACAUCCCCCCCCCUCCCCACCAUACCACAUCAUAAUGCACAGCAGCUGUUUGUGACACGAUGACCUCUUCACUGGCAGUUGCCAAAGGCAGGGCCCAAUUGACCGGCUGGAUCCCAACCCUCCCCAAAGACACUGCGCCGUUAUUCGAUUCACUCACGAGUUCAGCAGGUGCACUCCAAUUCCGGUUACAUUCCGGCGAGCUCACGAGCGUCCAGAUCCUGCGCGAAUAUUACCGUCAAAUUCUUUCCUUCAAUGGAUACCUCCGAGCGAUUCACCAAUUAGCGCCCGGUGCGAUGGCGCGCGCGGAGCACUUGGAUCAACUGAGACGGGAAGGCUUUGUUCUCGGUCCGCUGCAUGGCAUUCCGGUUUUGUUGAAGGAUAAUAUUGGGACAGAUGGUAGUUUUGAGAUGGAUACUACAGCUGGAUCGCCUGCGCUUGUUGCAUCUAUCCCGAGGAGGAAUUCGCCAAUUGUUGAUCAGCUCGUAGAUGCGGGAGCAAUCAUUUUGGGUAAAGCUACGCUUUCAGAAUUGAAUUGGUUCAAAGGUCACAAGGUCAGCUCCGGAUGGUCAUCUCUAUGUGGUCAAGGUCAAAAUCCAUACGUGAUGGGUGGAUACGACCGAUCUGAUGGCAUCAGUGGACACAGCGGUCCCGGCGGCUCCUCCUCCGGAAGCUGCAUCGCUGUAGCCGCAGGCCUCGCUCCAAUCUCUAUAGGCACCGAUACUGAAGGUUCCAUAAACUGCCCCGCGACACGAAACUCCCUAUAUUCCAUCAAACCUUCUCGAGGCUCCGUCAGCAACGAGUUGAUUGUACCGAUAAGUUCUUAUCUGGAUGUCGCUGGACCUAUAGGCACAACCACUGAAGAUAUCGCCAAUCUGCUCACGGUUUUGGUAGGUUCGAACAGACCGGAUGUGCCUUCAGGUGGUUAUUUGACUGCCAUGCGUGGUGCUGAUGGAUGGGAGGAAUUGAGUGUCGGGGUUUUGGAUCCGGAAAAAUGGAGAUACGAUGGUAGUAUUCAGACUGAAAACCCGAGCGCCAUUCAGGAUAUUAAGCGUAUUACACUUGAGGCGUACGAUCGAAUUCGAUGUCUCGCCAAAUCGUACCAUUUCGAUGUUUCUCUACGUCAUGACCGGGAUUUCAACUACGAAGGAGGGAAUGGGAUUGUCGAAAUAAUGAUCGCCGAUUUCGAGCGUGAUUUCGACAGAUACUUGGAGGAUACGAUCAACACCAAAGUACAAUCAGUCAAAGAGCUUUUGCAAUGGAACUACGCAAAUGAGCAUAUAGCACUUCCUGCGGAGAACCCCGGCCAAGAAUCCCUCGAAGAAGCUCUUUCUUUCCCACGCUCCACCGAUCGCCGCGAAAAGCUUCUGAAGCACAUAAAGGAAGUCGGACAGAGUUUUCCCGACACAUUGGAAAAAUACAGCAUCGAUGUUAUCAUCGGACCUGGUGAUAGUUGGUUUACAAAGUAUUCUGCCGCCACAGGGUUUCCUAAUUGCUCGUUGCCGAUAGGAUAUAUUGAUUUCAGGGGAAGACCGGUUGGAUUAACGGCGAUAGCGAGGUCCGAGGUCACGCUGAUUAAGCUUAUGAGUGCACAUGAGGCUAGUUUUCCGGCGAGGAAACCGCCGAGUGCGUUCUUAGAACAUAAGGAUCUGUGA